UCAAAGAAAAAAGAAACAAGAAAAAUGUCAUCUUGCUCACUAUCCCUGACCUCUUAUCACCACCACCACCACCAUCACCAAAACAAGCUCAUCAAUGGCAGCAAGAACUACUUCUCCUUCCCCAAUGGCUUCCCUCGCCUCUCUCCUGCCAUACUUCCCACCACUCGUGCCAAAUUUGAGAAAUUCGAUGAUGGCCCAGACUCCAUCACUGAAGACACUUCCAUUGCUGACUUACCUGCAACUCCACAGCCUCAAGAUGAAGACUUGGAGGAUGAUAGGGAUUUGCCUUCAGAUUUGGUUGGUGCUAUCCGGCAGUCUGGUCAGGCCAGUGCUGCCUUCGUAUCUUCAGGAGGGAUGCGAUCCAUUGUGGAACUUUUGAUUCCUCAGUUGCAGUUUCUUGAUGCUGAAGGUGCUCAAGCCGAACUAUGGGAAUUAUCUAGGAUUUUUAUAGAGACACUUAUAGAAGAAACAGGAUUGGAGAAAGUGAAAGCAAUAUUUCCCGAUGCUGGAGCAGCUGCUCUUUUGGAGUAUCAAUGGAAAGAUGCGGCUUUUGGAUUUUCCAGCUUAAGUGACCGGAAACCUGUACAAGAUGAAGAUGAAGCUGUUGUUAUGGUUGUUCCUGAUUAUCAGAUGUUGGAGUAUGUUGAACGUAUCGCUUCUCAACUAUCUGAUGAUCCACCGAGACCUCUCAUCAUGUGGAACCCUCGGCUUGUCAGUGAAGAUGUCGGAGUUGGUUUCAAUGUUCGCAAAUUGCGCAGAUAUUUUUUAGCACGUUUUAAUGUUGUUUAUUCAAUGCGACCGAUGCCAUCAGGUGCAAUCUUUAGAUGCUAUCCAGGCAUGUGGAAAGUGUUCUACGAUGAUGAGAACCGCCCCAACAGAUAUCGGCUUGCCAAAGAAUUGCCUAGCCGCCCUGAUGCUACAGAACUCGAGCUGAUAUUUGGUGGAGUGACUGAAGAAUCAGACAAAGAGCCUUCCUUUUUCAGCAGAGCAAUUGGAAUUUUCAACUCACUGAACAAAUUCAUGAAAGUCAUUUCCAGGUGAAUUCAGAUGAUACAAAUUUAUGUAACAAUAAGAUUGUGCAACAUGAUACUUUCUCAAGUUUACAACAUUGUAUUAAAUGAAACCAAUGUUUGUUAAUAAAUUCAUAGACCUUUCA